CAAUCUCUCCCCAUCUACACUCUGUCUGCUAUGAGCCCCCCAAAGGCACUAUUACUCUAAUGGAAAAAACAUUUUGCAAACUUCUUCUGGGGGUCGACAGAUGGGUCAAACAAAUACCACUGGAGUUCAUGGCAUUAUAUGUGUCUUCCCAAAGAUGAAGGUGGAAUUGGAAUUAGGAAGAUGCAAGAUGUUACUGGUACCUUUAGUAUUAAGAGAUGGUGGAGGUUUAGAACGCAGAACUCUAUAUGGGCCACCUUUCUCAAAGCCAAAUACUGCAUAAGAUCUCACCCGGUAAGUAAAAUCAUGGCUUCGACAGAUUCACAAAGUUGGAAAAACCUGUUAAAGACCAGGAACAAGGUAGAAAUUCACAUCAAAUGGAGCAUUCAAAAUGGUUCAUCAAGCUUCUGGUGGGAUAAUUGGACUGGUGAAGGUCCACUUUCUUAUCAGGCCCAAGGUAUCAGGAAAUCGGCCGAAACCCAGGUUAAGGAAUUUUUAACAAAUGGGCAAUGGGACAUCAACAGGUUAAAUCGGGUUCUUCCUUCUCACAUCACUGAUUUUAUUUGUAAAAUUGAUAUAGGUAAUGAUACGGAAGAUGAUUUCCCUAUUUGGACCUUGUCGGAUGAUGGAAACUUCUCAAAUAAAUCGGCGUGGCAUUUAAUUAGAUUUAAAAAAUAGAAAAACAAUUUUUUAAAGAAUGUUUGGCAUCAUGCAAUCCCUUUUAAAAUGUCCUUUCUAACUUGGAGAAUUAUGAAAAAAAAAUUGCCUUUUGAUGACAUGAUUAGUAAGUUUUGUACUAACAUAGCUUCGAGAUGUUCUUUUUGUAGUGACCCACAGGUGGAAUCCAUGUAACAUGUUUUCGUGGAAAGUGAGGCUGCGAAGCACAUUUGGAAGAAUAUUGGCAGCCCCUUGGGUAUUAUUCACUCCGAAUGCUCCUAUUGCGGCGAUUUUUAAGAAUUGGUGGGAUGCAAAGACAAAAAAUAAAAUUCAUGGCCUGAUCCUACAAGCUGCCCCAACUCUUAUUUGCUGGGAAAUUUGGAAACAAAGAAGUUCAUGUAGAUAUGCCACACAAAGGAAAUUUCAACUCAAGGACAUGAAACACCAGGUUAUAUGGAACAUCAACUCCAUAGUAACCAAGCUUACGCCAAAUGGAUACACCCAACACCACUGGCCUUCUCUUUGCAGCAGAAUUGAAAGGUUGAAACCUGUCCAAACAUGGAGGCAAGUUCAGUGGCAUCCUCCGCUCCAUGGCAAGGUCAAAGUUAAUACAGAUGGAAGCUCCAUGUCGGUCGAUUGUGACAGUCAUAACAUGGCUGAAGCUCUAGCUGCUGAGUUCGGAGAAAAAUGGUGUGACCAGUUAGGUUUCACUAAUUUUGUUCUCGAACUUGACUCAAAUGUCAUAGUGAACAUGGUCAACCAAGAAGGAAACAAGAGCAUGAAACUAAAGUGGUGGUGGAUAGAAUUACAAGAUUGGUCCAACAUGCAAAUGCAACGGUCCAACACUGUUAUAGAGAAGAUGGGAAACCGCAACCUUGUUUUCACUGCUUCUUGGAGGGAUUUGCUUCUCUGGAAGAGAACUAUCGGGGCGGUUAACGGCGUACUUGUCCUUGGUAUCGUUGCCUCUUUCACAGCUCUUGUGGCUGUUGCCAGUGGAGACUUGCACUGGGAGGCUCUUCUGAAAGCUAAUUUUGAGGCUGCUCCUCAAAGUAUACCCAUAAUUGCACUUUCUUUUGUUUAUCAGAAUGUUGUACCUGUUCUCUGUACAAAUCUUGAAGGUGACCUGUCAAAAGUCAGGAGUGCUAUAGUUUUCGGGACAGCAAUUCCGCUUGCUCUGUUUCUUGUUUGGGAUGGUGUCAUUUUGGGAACAAUCACAACUCUUGGAACUGAAGCAGACAAAAUUAUAGAUCCACUACAACUACUGCGGGCUACUAAUGGAAUUGUUGGGCCAAUAGUUGAUGUCUUUUCGCUUCUGGCAAUUGCUACUUCUUAUAUCGGAUUUGUCUUGGGCCUUGUGGACUUUCUUGCUGACUUGCUGAAACUACCAUCAGGUCCGAACAGGCCUCUGCCUUACCUACUCACUUUGGUGCCUCCCCUGAUACUUUCACAGCUAGAUCCAGAGAUAUUCUUCAAAGCAUUGGAUUUUGCUGGAACCUAUGGAGUUUUGGUGCUUUUUGGACUUGUUCCAGCUGCAAUGUCCUGGUCAGACAGAUAUUGGGUAUCAACUCAAACUCCAAAUCUACCCCCGCUGGUUCCUGGAGGAAAGAUCACACUCUCACUUAUUUUUGGAGGUGCAGCAUUUUUCAUUCUUUCAGAAAUAGGAGACAACUUUGCACAUGCAUAGUUUUUGACAGGUGCUUAUUUAUGCUGUAUCUGUCUCCAGUUCCCACAUUAUGUCAGGUGAAAUUGUUGUGAAUAUGAGCACAUAGAUAGAACAACCGUUCUUUCAUAGGUUGGAUAAUGGGGUAAUAUCCAGAGUUUAUUACGGUGAAACUCUAAAAGAAAGUCAUUAUCAAUUUAUUUGUUAAAGACAUCAUCAAAUGUGUUAAUUUUU